CUACACUCCAAAUCAAUAAGCUUUCCGUCUCCAUUUUCCCGACUCCUUCACCGGCGCCUGAGAAUUCAUAGUCGUUCCUUUGCUGCGGCGCUUGGUGGUUCCCACCCCAGGCGCCGCCAAGCAUCCACCACGAUCCAACACCAACAGAUGGCCCAAUCAAAUGCCAAUCUUUCUCAUAACGAACCAUCGAACCACAAUCUCCAAGCAUUCGAACACUAUCUCAUGUGUGAUAAUGAUGAUUUCCCUCCACCAAAUUUCUCCGAAUUACUAACCCCUUUGCAACAAAACGAAAUUCCGAUCACCACCGCAACAUUUCAGUCACCGGUGAUUGAUUCUGAAAACGUUCAACCCAAUGAUUCAUCUUUCGAUCCAUUAAAUCUUGGGAAUGAGACGCAUGAAGAAGGUUUCCAAACGGACCCAUCUCGGGCUUGUGAUGAGACAAACAUUGGUGUUAAUACCGCUAACGGAACAAAUGAUUUUGGAAACCCGAUUCAACUUUCAUCCUGGCCAUUGCAAGUGCCUCCAUAUACUUGCAGUUGCUGUCAUAUUCUUAGAGAAAUCAUACAUACUAAUGGUGUUGAUAUCACGAAGCUUGAGGUUCAUGGAAGACUUGGUUUGAUUUGUCAUGCUGUUCUAGAUAAGUACAGUAUUGAUCACACAACGAACCAAGGCCAUGAGUACAAAAUGUUCGAUUUUUGCAAAGAAACCACAAGUAGAGUGAAACAAUUCCUCGUGGAAUACUGCAAAGAGCGAAAAACAAAGGGUCAUGUAAUGUUACAAGAUCCGCUUUCUUCAUUCUAUGAAGCUGUAUGUGUUGGGUUCGAUUGGGAGCACAAUGUAGACACGGAUGAUCUCAUUCCAAAUUUAGGUGAUCAGCAAACUAACCAAGCAGAUGUGGGGACCAGUAGAGGAAGACUUAAUAACCAGAAAACCCUUUCAAUGCAGAGGGAACGGACAGGAAAACUUACUAUGAAAGAUCUUGUCGAUUACUUUCAUAUUCCGAUAGAAGUAGCUGCGAAGGAGAUACGCGUUUGCCCAACUGUAAUCAAGAAAAUUUGCCGUAAGCAUGGACUAUUAAGGUGGCCAUACAGAAAGAUAAAAUCGAUUGAGAGGAAGAUAUCAACGAGAGAGAAAUGUUUAACUUCACUUCAUGCUGAAGAAAGAAUUCAUGCUCAAACCGAAAUUGACAGUCUUCGGCAGGAAAUCACAAAUAUUUACGUAGGAUUCAAUGUUUAAUUAAUUUGAAAUCUUUAUGUACGUAUGUAUCGUAUGUAACUUAAAUCAAACUAAAACCGAAAGCAUUCUGGGG